AUGGCUGCGAUCGCCACGGCCAGCCGACGCUUCGAGGAGACGGUCCAGGCAAAUCACGAAGGAAGCGAUGACCUGCCGAAAGCCAAGAAGGGCCGAUUCCUGGCGGAAGGCUACUGCGACAGCCUUCAGAGUGACAGCACGCCGCAGGAGAAGCGCCCGGUGCUGCCGCUGCUGCGCAGGCUGCUGACGGAGGUGAACCGCCGCAGCGUGCAGUCGCCGGAGGAACUGCUCGGCUUCGAGGAGCUGGCAGACUUCUGGGAGGCAACUACACCCACUGCGGAGGACUCGGCGAAGAUUGCGCAGCUCCGGAAACAGCUCAGUACCGCGCUGCAUCAGUUCUUCAGGAGCCGGUGGCCCAUCGCGAAGGCGGACUGGACUCCUGAGGAGAUGGCGCGGGGCCUGGACCGUCCCACGGGGAACCGGAGCCUCGGGGAGUUCCAAGUGGACCUCUCCGCUUCGGGUGUGCCGUACAUCAACGCAGCCCGGAUACCGGGCCUGGUGCCUGGCGUCUCUUUCGUCGCGACGCAGCAUCCGCUGCCGAGUACCGUGGAGCACUUUUGGCACAUGGUGCUGCAGUUGCAGCCCACCGUGAUCGUGAUGCUGAAUGGCCACAGCUCUUCAGAGGACCUUCAGGACGGGUACGCCCUGGCGCCGUACUGGGAGCAAAGCUCGGUGCGGGGCUUCGACCUGGACAUCCAGGAAGUUCGCCACGAGAAGGCGUCUGAUUGCUGCGUGCGGAUGCUGAGCUGCAAGCGUGGGUCAAAGGCCUGGCAGGGCCCGCAGCUGGCGGUGCCCUGGUGGCGGGACCAGAGCGAGCCCGACUGGCACCUCUUCCUGGAGCUGAACAAGCUGGUGGACAGCUUUCUCACACCUGGCAAGUCGCACUCUGUGUUUGUGCACUGCGCUGGUGGCAUCGGACGAGCAGGCGUGUUCAUCGCCGCGGAUGCCGGUGCCAGGGCUGCGGCGCAGGGUGAGGCCUACAGCCCUGACAGGCUGAUCGCGCACUUGCGACGCUGCAGAAUGAACAUGGUGCAGACUGCGGAGCAGUACGAGUUUCUACACCGAGUCCUGCCUGUUCUAACCGAACAGCUGAAAGAUGACCCGAUGUCAGCAGUGCCCAAAAGUGGUUGA